AUAACCAGCAACGUGUCAUGUUUAGAUCCAAUAAUAAAAAUAAAAAAUAAACAAUUUGUCAUUAAUCCUAGUUCUCACACACUUCCCAAAUCUCACUUCCUUCACUUUGAAUCAAAGUGUUUGUUUGAUUGCUUUGUGUUAGAAACAUGGCAUCCAUGUCUCCUUUGCAAACUAUAAUUCCUAAUGUUACAAUUUCCAACAACACUAAACUCUCAUUUGGAGGAUCAACAAGUGUGUCGUGUAACAAGAUUCAAUAUAAUGAGAAGAAUAAGAAUAGAUGUUCAUCAAUUGUUGUUUCAGCAUUUGGAGAUGUAUCUGCUGAUGGAACUAUUUAUCUUGUUGCUGGUGCUAUUGGAGUUGCUCUCAUUGGAACUGCAUUUCCCAUCAUCUUCUCUCGUAAAGACACAUGUCCAGAAUGUGAUGGAGCAGGGUUUGUUAGGAAAAGUGGGGUGACCUUGAGAGCAAAUGCAGCAAGAAAAGAUCAAACUCAAAUUGUUUGUGCUCGCUGCGAUGGUUUGGGCAAACUUAACCAAAUUGACAAAUAGAAAAACAUGUUCCUGCUUUUCUUUUUCUUUUCCCUUUUUUUUAAUCUAAGUACUUAUAUAUGUAUUUUCUCCACUUCUAUUUAUUCCUUUGAGAUGAAACUACAUAAUGUAUGGAGAGAAAAACAUAAAUCUGAUUUCUUGCAUAACAAAUCUCAUCUGUUUUCUUCUCUGUGUU